AUGCCUAUCAUCGAGCUCAAUGCUCAGGUAGUUCCAGAUGAAUUAUACAGAAAAGAAAAUGGUUAUAGGAAUUCUGGAAAGCUAUGUUGCAGAUUAGGCUGUCAAAUGGCUCACAAAUUUCCGCUGGCAUCUAGAUAUACUCAGAUAUACUUAGCUUUUCUCUCCUCUGCCUUGGCUCUCCUCAAGGCCAUCAACUCAAUCCUUACUUCAUUUUCUCUACUUGGACAGGACAAAGCAAUGGGUGCUAGAAUGAGGUUUCUGGCUCUUGGUUUAGUAAUAUUGAUGAUGGCGAGUUCCUGCUUGGCUACAAACAGAAAAGUAGUUGUGCUCAAGCAUGAAAACAGCAUUGUCCAUGGGCGGCAGCUGCUUGAGGAUGGCGACGAUGCCAAAACCGGCUAUCCAUCGAGCAGCGUGAACAACCACCAUUUCCUUCCAAGGCAGGACUUUAAUAACUACCCUGGUGGCGCUGGAGGUGAUGGAGACGGAAAUGGGUAAAUUCAUGAGAUCAGCAACAUAUGGUAAUGGUGUGAGGAAUAAAUUAUCGACUGUCAGAUGAUAAUAUGAUGUUACUUCAUGUUUAAUUAGGUUUUUCGAGAUAUAACUCUGCGAUCUAAUUAGCUUCUGUAUUGUAGUGUGUGCCUUGAAUUAUUGUUCUGGUUUUAAUAUUAUAUAUAUAUGUUGUUUAUAUAAAUGUAGGACACAAAUAUAAUCCCCAUGCAUGCAUGCAUGGCAGCUGCAUUGCAUGGGAUGACCAAAUUUAUGUUAGAUCAAAGACCCAAGUGAUCAUGGGAGAAUAAGGCUGGUAUCCUAGGACGUUUUCAUGCCUAGGGUUUAGCGCCAUCACGUCGAUGAAACUGGAUCAUUUUCACACAAUCAAGUUUUCUUCG